UGCGAACGUAAGUAAACACUGAGCAAAUGGUACUAAUAGUAAUCUCGAACGAAGUCAAUUAUUUCCGAUACGAAUAUUUUAAGUUGAAGGAAAUGGAGAUUCGUAACCUCAAAAGGUGAGAUUCGAUGUUUUGGUAGAAGAAGUUUUUAGUCGAGUAUUGUGCACUACUUUUAGCAGUGAUGCAGGAAUUCCUUCAGAGUUCAUCUUCCUAUGCUUGACUUGAAGUCAAAGUUGUCGGAAAAGAGAUUUGAUGGUAGUCUAUCGUAAAGACCUGCCGGACCUGGAUACCGAAUCGGGAACCACGGCAACCCAGAUAGCAGAAGCCAACUCCAAUGAAGUGGAGAAGACACCAUGCACUUCCCCAUGUAUGGUGCCUCGAGCCAUCCUGAUUAGUCGGCCAAACUCGCACCCAUUUCAAGAGAGGCAUUUGAUUUUAGAUCAGCCUGUUAAGGUGGGCCGUUCUGUUGCUAGGUGCCGCCCAGCUCCAAAUAAUGCAAUAUUUGAUUGUAAGGUUUUGUCCAGGAACCAUGCACUUUUGUGGUAUGAAAAUGGAAAGUUCUUUCUACAAGAUACUAAGAGCAGUAAUGGGACAUUUGUCAAUAACCAGCGUCUCAGUAAGGGAUCAGAAGAGUCACUAGCAAGAGAGGCUAGCUCAGGAGACAUCGUCCAAUUUGGUGUGGAUGUGGUAGAGAACUCUAGAAAAGUCACCCAUGGAUGUAUUGUUGCAACUUUAAAGCUCUUCUUACCAGAUGGAAAGGAAGCCAAGGCCAGCCCAACAACUGCUGUUGUUCCAAGCACCCCAGGCACCACCAUCUCCAUGCAAGAUCUCUAUCAGUUAUCUCAGUAUCUUCAGGAGGCCCUUCAUCGAGAACAAAUCCUGGAAACUAAGCUAUGUACACUCCAAAGAGUAGUUACCAGCUCGCAGGAGGCAUCAGACAAUGGAUGGAAGGUUUUGAUUGAUGAAGAUCGACUUCUUAGCCGAAUAGAAACACUGGAAAGUCAAUUGCAGGAUUUUACCAAGAGCAUAUCUCAAGAUAGGAUAUCAGAGGAACUAGCAAAACAUCAGGAUGAAAAGGACAAAUAUGAAAACACUGCCAAGGAAUCUUUGAGGAAUGUGCUUCAAGAGAAAUUGGAAGCUGUGCGAAGAGCUCAGGACCUUGAGAGUUCUCUGGCUGGAACUGAAGUGGAAUGUAAUCACCUACGAGAUGUAUAUGAAAACACCCAGCAGGAGUUGCUGCUUCUUGCAGCCAAGAAUGAUGAACACCUUAAAGAGAUUGAAGAACUCACAAAGAGCUUGAAGGAAUCAGAAGAGAAAGAAGAAGAACUUUCGAAUAAAGCAACAGAAGAAAAGCAAGCUUUAGAAAACCAGCUGGAAGAAAUGAAGAAGCAAGAGAAGCUUUUAGCAGCACAAAUUGAGUCUUUACAAGCAAAUAAUGAUUUUGCUAAGGAACAGUUGACGGCUAUGAAAGUAAGAUAUGAGAAACUGAAGAAUGAUGAUGGUUAUCUAAAAACAGAUGAACUAGAUGAAACAAAUGUGGUACCAACACAAGAAAUCCAAGAAGUUGAUAUCAUUAGUGAAAAGUUGUCCCCAGAUGCAUCUGUCAAUGGCACAUUGAUGAAUACUUCUGGAGAAGUGGGGAAGAUAAAAAGCCACCUAGAGAAGUCUGAGAAAGACUUAGUCGAAAGUAGAAACAAGAUUCAAGAGCUAACAACAAAACUUGAUGAAGUUGAAGAUGAAAAACUAAGGAGUGAAUAUGAAAUUGAAAAACUAAAAGCACAUUACAUAAAUAUGUGA